AUGGCGGAGGUUGACCUGCGAACGAUGGCGGAGGUCGACCUGAGAACGUUGGCGGAGGUCGAUGGCGACAAACAGAGAAUGGGUGAUAGAGCUUAUGCCUUCUGGAAAGUCGGCGAUAGAGCGGAUGAUGGACACUCAGACGAACACGGGAGGAGAGGCGACUGGUCGACUACUAUAGGUUUUCCUUUUCGUCUCUCGGUCUCUCGCAAUUACAAAAUCACAAUGUUGGGGAAUGGGGAAGCUGCAUGGGCUAUUGAUUGGUGGAGAAAUGGAGUUGGGCCUUGGCUCUUUGGAGAUGCCGAGAUGGGCUUGGGGGCUGGGAUUGAUGCUGCAAGCCCACACAUUAUUGGGGUCACAGUCUAG